AGGCCGGGAGGAGAGCAGCUGACAGCGGGCCACAACACAAGGCGGUGUGGGUCUCUCCGUGCAGGUGGUGGAGGAGGGAGCAGUGUUUAAGUCCAGCUCUGUGGAGGUCUGAGGAGCUCCGUGCCUGCGUCUGCCACCGUGUGACACUUUGAAUUUAAUGCGCCCAACAGAGGAGUGUGUGUAAACAGAGGAGGGGGCAGCGUCAGCCUCCCCAUCGUCGGGCUAACUAACUAAACUCCCCAGAGGAGACAGGAGCGGCUCCCUCCGUCGUCGCCGCGCCAUGGCAGGGUCCCUCAUCCGAGCGUGCCGCAGUCUCGCUCUCUCGACGUGGCUGCUGUCGUUCAGCUUCGUCCAUCUGCUGUGCUUGGAUUUCACCGUCGCCGAGAAGGAGGAGUGGUACACCGCAUUCGUCAACAUCACGUAUUUGGACCCAGUCACCUCGGAAAUCAAAACAGAGAAAACUGAGUGCGGUCGCUAUGGCGAGCACGCUCCCAAGAGAGAAGCCAAGGGGGUCGUGCUUGUGCCGUCCCUCGUGCAGGACAGACAGGCGUGCGACCCAAACGUCAGGUUCCCCCCCAGCUCCCAGGGCUCCGCCUGGGUGGCGCUCAUCGCCGCCGGGAACUGCACGUUUCGGGAGAAAAUCCGAAACGCCGCCAACCACAACGCCUCUGCGGUUGUCAUUUACAACGUGGGCUCCGGCAGCGCCAACGACACCAUAACAAUGCCCCAUCAAGGUACUGGGGAUAUUGUGGCUAUCAUGAUCCCAGAGCCUAAAGGGCGGGAGAUCGUGACCUUGCUGGAGCGCAACAUUGUGGUGACGUUGCACAUCACCAUCGGAACCAGGAACCUGCAGAAAUACGUGAGCAGGACAUCAGUCGUGUUUGUCUCCAUCUCCUUCAUCGUCCUCAUGAUCAUCUCUCUCGCCUGGCUUGUCUUCUACUACAUCCAGAGGUUCCGCUACGCCAACGCACGAGACCGCAACCAGAGACGCCUGGGAGAUGCUGCUAAAAAGGCAAUUAGCAAGCUCCAAGUACGGACCAUCAAGAAAGGAGACAAGGAAACUGAGUCAGACUUUGACAACUGUGCAGUGUGCAUUGAAGGAUACAAGGCUAAUGACGUCGUGAGGAUAUUACCAUGCAGGCAUGUCUUCCACAAGCACUGUGUAGACCCAUGGCUGCAAGACCACCGCACAUGCCCCAUGUGUAAAAUUAACAUCCUCAAGGCUUUAGGUAUACCGCUCAACGCAGACUGUUUAGAUGAGAUUCCUCCAGACUACGAGGCAUCUGUUGGGGGUCCACCGACUAACCCCAUCACUGGAGCCAGUGAAAUCACAAUGAAUGAGAGUUCGGUGGUGCUGGACCCGGCAGUCAGGACGAUAGACCUUCAGCAGCUCUACCAGGAUUUAGACACAGCACCGCGGACAGGGGACACCCAGAACAUUGCCACCAGUGAGCACCAGCCUCCACUGAGCAGUGACUCAGACACCUCUCUCAUCAUGGCUGUGGAGGCAGACAUGUCCGAGGUGGACCUGUCCACAGAGCAGGAAUGUGACGAGGCUAAAUCCUGAGCCGGUCAGAGCCAAACGAAAAGCACGAAUCGCCGUAGAGAGGAGGAUCAGGACAGGAUCGAACGAUCAGGGAGCCCCAGAGACUCACCAUGUCUUUGGCUGCUGAUGGAGGUGGCUUCACUAAAAAGAGGGGCAAUAGAGCAAUACAGCCCAUAGCAGCAUAGCAACAUCCUGUUCUUCUGAAAGAUAUUUCCUGCAUCUGUGGACAUAUUGCUUGCUCAUUGUCCUGCUCCAGUCACACCUCACCAUCCCGUUGGUUUGACAGCCCAACAGCCAAUCACAGCACUCGCAUUGUGAUGACAUAUUAUCCAGCCUCCAGUUUGUGCCCCCGUAAUUUCUUACACUUUUGUCAAUCUACAGUGUGGAAUGAGCAAAACUGUCGCUGUUUUUGGCUGUUUCGAGGUUCAAGGUUCAAGGUUGAGAUGGCAAAAAAGUUUGCUUGCCCCUUCUCGGGCAAUCCAAACCUUGUUUAAAGGGUCACAACUUUGGCCUAAAAGUAGCAGGACUUCCCCAACUCAAGAUUUCCGUUUUAUUUUUAUCUAUUGCAUGACUUAUUAUUUGAUUACUUUAUACGAGAUCACUGCCAAUGUAUUCCAGCAUUACAGUUGUACACCAGUUACAUAAUAUGAAUUCAUAUAGAGCCAAAAGCAGCAUUUUGAUCUGAGUGUCUUGGUGUUUAUGCUCACCAGCAUUCUUUCAGCUCGAGACUUGGGUACCAUGUUAUUACCCCUUGCAAAGUUGAAGUCUUAAAGUUUUUACUUGAUUUAUUUUCAAGUGAUUCCUGGUUCAAGUGGUUAGGAAUAUUUAUGCACACCUUAUGCUGUAAUUUCUGAAUGUCCAACCGUAACUUCCUAUUAGUUCAGUGGUUUGUGCACUCUUCAUUUCAGUCGUUAUCGUUCCACUUGAAUAUUUCUAAAGUUCUGUAAAGUGUUGUGGGGAGGAAACAACCAAACAGGAGCUGGAAAACUCUGUCCUCACAUGUUGACAAUCAUAGCUUGCCACUGUAAUGCAGACUUUGAGUGAUGUCACCCACUGCCCUUCUUAAACUGCUGCUGAUUUACUUGUACAAGUAUCACAUCACGUGACUGCAGUGAUUGCACACUGCUGUGAUGACGGGAAAAUUCACAUCAUGUCCUCCACUGACCAAACCAGCCAAGAUCAUAGUGUGAAAACAUCUGUCACCAAUGUGUCAGCGAGUCUGAGUGCCAAGCCUUUGAGUUGUAUUUGAUGAAUUUAUCCGUAACCUAAUUUACCUGGUUGUGGAUCAGCGUUUGCCAGUGGGAUCUGACUAUUAACACACAUGCCGAGGGUGUGUGUGUGUGUGCAUGUGUGUGUCAAACGCGCGUACAUAGCCAAUAACACACUCAAGUUAUGCGUUACUGGCAUUCAGAGGAAUUGUAAUAAUAGUGAUAUGAAACCUAAGAAAUACAAGGAGUCAUAGAAUUGGAUGGCAUAUCCCACCUGAAAGAUUACCCAAGAUGCAUUGUAAGUUGUUUUUUCUUUUGUGGAAUUUGAUGCCCAAGGAAUGGCAUUUAUAUUAGUAUGAAAAGUUUAUAUUUUUGUAAGAAAAAGAAAAAGGGUAUAAAUGUUUACAGCAGGGGGGUAAUUGAGUCGAGAAGCACAUGGUUUAGAGUCCCAUGGUGACACUGAUUGUUUAUUCACUUAAUCAUUCAUUCACUCAUUAUCCUUUUGCUGUUCUUUCUGUUAUAGCCCUGUCAGUCAACUCUUGAUUUGAUUGACUUACUUUGUUAUUCCUCUCGAUGUGUUGACUUGCUCAGUAAAGAUUAAAUACUUGAUUGGAUCUUUUUCCAGUCUGUUUCAAAGACUUGCACAUUUAAGAAGCACAGACCCACUGAAGCAGCCAGUGGCGUUUCCAAUCCUUGUUUCCUUUUUGCCACCGUGCAGCCACCUGGGGCUCGGUGACAUAACGUGCACAUGUCCAUACUCCGGAGUCUGGCUAGUCAGCGAAGGAUUACAGAAUGUAUGGGCAAAUGUUCCGUUGUUUUACCAAAGUGAUGGUAUUAGGUAGAGUGCAUUGUAUUUCUUUCUCAAGAGUUUGUUGUUUUGGCUAGCAGCUGGAAAGUCAUAGGCACUACAUUUUUAUACAUUGUACAAGUCUGAAUAUUUUGGUUUUGACUGGGUUACUUCACUGUCUGCGGUUAAUUUGCACCAAAAAAA